GGUUAAAGCCUUGAGCAUCUGCCGUUUAUAUUACUUAGACAGCACAGCUCAAAACUAAAACAUUUUUCUCAUUUAUCAUUUAACUGACUAUUUGUUAAAAUCCAGAAGACCAAAACACUUUUUAUAUACCGUAAUAUCUCUUAAAAAACUUGCUCAUUUAAUUUACUUGGAGACCCCUAUCUCUUCUCGCUAGUAAAAAAAGAAACCUCGACUCCAUCCCUGCUAUCUAUUCAAGGAUUACAAGAACACACGCGUAAAACCCCUGCCUGGGGUAACCGAGAUCGUUACAUCACAACACCAAAUUCCUUUGAGCAACCAUGCUUCAUGAUUUUAUAAUACUAUAUAUAUACAAGACAGUACAGAACUGAGAUGACCCGCAAGUAAAUCCAUUUCGACUGUCUUAAGUCCAAUGCACUCAGUCAAACCACUCCCUCGUAAUUAAUAAUAAUAAUAUGUACUUUGUGCGUGUGUCUACUUGCUACAGUUAAACCUAAAUCAAAUGUUUGGAUACUUCCUGUGACUUCCUUACUCUGUCUGCGCUAACCCCACAGCAAACAAAGCAACACAUCACAUCGGCGAGCUCGGCACUCUUUUGCUUUUGUCUGCCUGGCUGCCGUAUAGUAAAUACACGUGUAUUUCCAGGUUGCGCUUCAAGAAAGGGGUGCGUACAGUGAUUACUUACUGGUACCGAUUUCAUUGCCCUAAACGGCUUUACAGAUUGCAUCUGGACUCUUAUUACCGGGACACCUCUCCACAACAUGCCUCUUCAACUGAGACGCGGCAACGUCAAGCCUGCAGACAGCAACAGCGUUGAGAAAAAAAUUAAAAGAGGCAAUGCACAGAGGCAGGGGUCCUGGAUUCGCAGGUUACGGGGCUGGCUUCUCCUGGGACUCCUGCUGGGGCUCCUGCUUCUCUCUGCAGGCCUGGCCUGGCUCUACAGCAGCAGUGAUGAUGACAUCACCGAGGUGUGGGUGCAACAGAGCCAGCUACUGCAGGAAAAGAAGUUCUUUGAAGUGCCGUGCUCUGAGGAUUACGAGAACUACCAGAGAUACCCAGGUUGUACCCCACAAAAGUGUGGCCGCGCAGUCACAGACACUGUAGUUACCAGAGAGGAGGCCGAGAGGAUACGCAGGAUCGCAGAGAGAGGCCUGGCGCUAGGUGGAUCUGAUGGUGGUGCUUCGAUUCUUGACCUACAUUCCGGUGCUCUGUCCAGGGGACAGCACUUCGUGAACAUCUACCGGUACUUUGGGGAUCAGAUCAAAGACGUCUUUUCCGAAGAGGAUUUUCAACUUUACCGCACCAUGCGACAGAGGAUCCAGGAGGCAGUUGCCAGGACUUUUGGAUUGGACGUGUCUCGACUCUACCUCACCAAGCCCACCUUCUUCUCCAGGAUGAAUGGCACCGAGGCCAAGACCCCCCACGAUGAGUACUGGCACCCCCACAUCGACAAGGUGACCUAUGGCUCUUUUGACUACACCUCUCUGCUCUACCUGUCUGACUAUGGCUCAGAUUUCGGAGGGGGACGCUUUGUGUUCAUGGACGGAGUCGCCAACAGGACAGUGGAGCCCCGAUCUGGUCGUGUUUCCUUCUUUAGCUCAGGCUCGGAGAAUCUGCACCGUGUUGAGAAGGUUCGCUGGGGCACUCGAUUCGCAAUCACUGUCUCCUUCACCUGUGACCCUGCCCACGCCAUCACAGACCCUGCCCUGCCCUAGAACACAGCGCUCUCUAGAGCCGGGAGGUCUCCUGAAAGAGGAACACAGGAAGAACAGGAUCACACUGCUGUGCAGGCAGAGGCAGCGCUCACUACUAAGGGCUAUUCCUAUUGAAAUGGCUCAUUGCUUACUCUUAGCUUACAGGUUCUUACAUUUCAUUGGCAUAACAGCUUUCUAAUAAUUCCCUAUGAUUCACACCCUGUGCAACAGGUAUUAGGACUUCAUCUGAAACAUUAAACUCCCUUGGCUGCUCAUUUGUAAGAGGUGUCAGGUGGGAUUCUAAAACUUGCUGUAAUGAAGUGAAUCUAUAGUGUAGUGGUGGAAAAAUAUGUUUUUCAAGCUUUGGUAAUGACCCCUUCUAGCAACCUUCUCGCUGGCCCUUCAUUGUGUGGAAAUGCAUUCCUGGUGUUUAAAUUGAUUUAAUGUAUUCUGUGAGAGUGCUGACUGAAAGGUUUUUCUAAUUGAAAACAUUUUCAUAUAUCUAUAUAUCUAUAUAUAUAUAUAUAUAUAUAUAUAUAUAUAUAUAUAUAUAUAUAUAUAUAUAUAUAUAUAUAUAUAUAUAUAUAUAUAUAUAAAUGCUGUGCUGUACCUUAAAAGAAUGGACGAAUAGAAAUUUCAUAUGCAUUAGUGAAUAAUGAAGGUUUUUUUCUUUUGGCCUGAUAUAAAAUGUGCUUCUAUUUUUAUAAACACUGAUUAAUGCAGCAAAUCUCUACCAACUGUAAUUAUGUAUGGAAGGCAAUCCAAGACUUCUUCAACAGAAAUGAAAAUGUUCUUAUAUUAAUAGAGUAGAAAGUAACUCAGAAUAGGUAACAUUUCCAUUUAAGGUAGCUUCUGUUUCUGUCAUGCUUUGUAAAAUACAAUGUGUCAUAUUAAGAAAACAAUGUCUGGACACAGUGUGUUUUGUGCAGGGAAAAAGAGUGUCUGCAUUGGUAGACCUUUUAAUACAGUAUAUUUUGUACUUCUGUUGCUCCAAUAUUGAAUUUAUUAUUAUUAUUUGUUUAUUUAGCAGACUUGAAUUUGACUAAUUUCCCUUUGAGUCUUAAUCCACCUGGGAUUAGUUCCUAUAGAAUUAUGUGUAACCUUUCAACCCCAGCUUCUUCAUACUAUUAAUAUAGACCAGCCGCUGUCGAUUGAGCUGAAUGGUCAUAGCGUCACACAAUUUCCUUGGAAUCAGGAAGUACCCGAAGGGAGUCCGGCAACUAGGAUUCUACAGGCACAGAAAAUACCAGGUUGAUUCUGAUACAAGGAACAAUCAUACAAAUUCAAUAUUGGAGGAGCAACACAACACAGAACCACUCAGAAUGAUUGUAACCUUCUUAAAAAGGUAAGGACAUUACAAGUAUCAGCCAUUUAAAGAGCAGCUUGGAAUGGGCCUGGAAUAUCCAACCUAUACCAAGUUGCUUGUGGUAUAUCAUUUUCUUUUUCAGUCAUCACAAUCUUAAGUUUAAAGCAAUGCCAAGAAAUCCAGGGUACUACACUUUGCUAGGAAGUUUUCAGUUUGCUUGGCUUGGCUUUCGGGAAAUCUGCACUUCCUGGUUCAUUUCACCUCGGCAGUGUCUUCGGGGUCAAGAAUCUUACUGGCUGUAAAGCGGUGGUGCACAACUCAGGUCAUGGAGGGCCGGCGACCCUCCUGGUUUUUGUUCUAACCAUACCCUAAAUUAGUUAAUUGGACGAAUUAAGCUUCUAAUAACGUCCAAUAAAGUACUUUAGAGUGGAGCUGGAAUAAAAACCUGCAGGGACACCGGCCCUCCAGGACCGAGUUUAAAAACCUGCAGGGACACUGGCCCUCCAGGACCGAGUUUAAAAACCUGCAGGAACACCGGCCCUCCAGGACCGAGUUGUACACCACUGCUGUAAAGCAUGUCCGUCAUUAGAGAAAGCAACUGACAGGAAUGAAGUCCCUGAAGGAGUGGGGACAAUUUCACUUUCCUGGUGAAAUGACAAUGAAAGCUCUAGACCAGGGGUAGGCAACCCUGGUCCUGGAGUGCCACAAUACUGCAGGUUUUAUAGGCAUCUCUUAAUUGUCAAUUGCUAAAUAUCUGGAACACAUGGUAAUUGUAACCAAUUAAACCAAUCAUUAAAUCAAUUAAUUUAUUUAGGGGCUUGGGUAAAACAAAAACCAGAAGUGUCUGUGACACUCCAGGACCAGGGUUGCCUAUCCCUGCAAUAGACUAUCUGAAAGCAAGGCCUAUAAACAGAGAUUAAUUUGACCUGGUGUAGUUUCAGGUAUCUUCUUUGUGUCUGUGUGUGUCUGUGUGUGUGUAGAUAUAUAUAUAUAUAUAUAUAUAAAUAAAUUUCAUUUUUUAA